CAAGUCGUUCACGAUCGUUUCCUGUAAAUAUAAUCAAAAGCGGUGUCAUCGGGGGUCGGCUGAUUUAUCGUGAAAAGUCUCUUCAGUUUUCGACGAUGUAGUGUCUUUCGUGGUUUCACGUUAUGUGAACGUCUAUGAGCCGUUUGCAAAUAGAAUUUGCAAAGAAAUCCAUCUACUGUUGACCUAGUUUCAACGACAAAUUUAGUUUAUUUCGUGCGGGGGUUUUUUUUUUAUUUCGGGAAAUAAUGACUGUGACCGAAAACGUGCACUUGGAAGUCGGUGACCUCGGAGAAGGUGAAGAAUCCAAGCAUUCAGUGAAGUUCUAACCUCAAAAAGAGAAGUUGCUUGACAAGUGCUUAGACGUGAGCAGUAAUCGAUUUUUCAAGUGGAAGAAUGUCGCGGAUCAAUCUUAGAUCCGAUAAAAUUUGCCUGGAGAUUAUCGGAAGAAUCAGAUUAAGUUGACCAGAAUCCUGGAUUUUUUUACUGAAAUUCGAAUUUGUGGAUUCUACGACGACUUUUGCGAGAGAAAAACUGCAAGGCACAAAAAUGCCUCACGUCACCAGGAAGUGGGAAUUAUUUCCCGGGAAGAACAGAUUUUGCUGCGAUGGAAGGUUAAUGAUGGCACCACAAACUGGAGUUUUCUACGUCACAGUUUGCUUAAUUGCCGGGACCAGUGGAUUAUUUUUCGCCUUUGAUUGUCCAUUUUUGGCCUCACAAAUAACGCCAGCGAUUCCAGUGAUUGGUGGUCUGCUUUUUAUUUUCGUGAUGUCGGCUUUGUUUCGAACAAGCUUCAGCGAUCCUGGCGUCAUUCCUCGUGCAACAGCCGAUGAAGCUGCUUAUAUUGAGCAACAAAUCGAAGUGCCAAAUAAUGGUAACUCGCCAACAUACAGACCUCCUCCGCGGACGAAAGAAAUAAUGGUGCGAGGACAGCCAGUGAAACUGAAGUACUGCUUCACCUGUAAAAUAUUCAGGCCGCCCAGGGCCUCGCACUGCAGUUUGUGCGACAAUUGCGUUGAACGGUUUGAUCAUCAUUGUCCCUGGGUUGGAAAUUGCGUGGGGAGAAGAAACUACAGAUAUUUUUAUGCCUUCAUAGUCUCCUUGGCAUUCUUGUGUGUCUUCAUAUUCGCCUGUGCAAUCACGCACCUCAUUAUGCUUACGAGGGACGGUCGGCCUUUUCUGGAAGCGGUGAGAGAAUCGCCGGGCAGCGUAGUCGUCGGUGUCGUCUGCUUUUUUUCGGUCUGGAGUAUCCUUGGAUUGGCGGGAUUUCACACGUAUCUCACAACCAGCAACCAAACGACGAAUGAAGAUAUCAAAGGAUCCUUCACGAGUAAAAGAGGACAAGAGAGUUUCAAUCCCUACAGCCAGGGGAACAUUUGUGGCAAUUGCUUUUAUGUUUUAUGUGGACCUGCACCUCCCAGUCUAAUCGAUCGGAGAGGUGUUGUAACGCCGGAAUAUCGGACGCAGCGCGAGUGGCUUGAUGGAGAUAAUGUGAUUAGUGGGAAAACCUACGGCACAGUGAAAGUACAGCCUCAGAUGAAUGGCGGAAGUAUCGCAAUGAACCAUGGAGAGCUGACAGGUUCGAUGAACAAUCUUUACCCCGGUCAGCACUCUCCACGACUCGAAUCAAUCAACGGUAGCACAACGAAUAGUGUGAGCCACCUCGUAAGUCACGAAGCGCCGAUGGCUUCUCUUAAUUUAGCGCCAAUAGAUAUUGAUGAAAUUGCACCUCUACCUCCUCGGCAAAACAUGCUCGUCUCAUCUGCCCUUGAUGUGCCGAAUAUUCCCCCCGUAACUGUAACCACCCCUUUGUCAGCUUCGAAACUCCGAUUACUCCAAGACACGACCAUGAUCGAAUCGGCCUUAGAUUUAGAUUCACUAGAGGACGCCAGUGUCGGCAGAGGCAGCCAGGCGGGCUUGAUCAAAAUGGGGGCCGUAUGAGACUUUUUAAUCUUAAGUUUGAGCUCAAUUUAGCAAUUUAUUCGUCCACUCGGUGCUGAAUACGCCGACGGUUCUACACCUACGAUUAGGUUUCCGGAUAGUGCAAAAGUUUCCCUGAAAAUUCCAAUCGAACAUCUCGGGUAAUUUCGAGAAAUGUUUCCGGAAGUAGGCAAAUUUCGGCAUUAUAUAAAUUUAAUUAAUUUAAUGAUGAAUCAAGUUCCUGAAGAAAAUUCCUAUACCUGUUUCCGGGAACUAUUUAAAAAUAUAUAUGUUAUUUUUUUUUUGCAAUUCUCCGCAAAACUUUCAUUGGAAUGUUCGGGGUAACUUUGGUGCUGUCCCGAUUCCCGUCGAAGCCUCAAAACUCAUCGGAUUUGGACAAAAAAGAAACAAUGCUUUUGACUUAUACAGGGUGGACACGCUGGGGCUUACAUACAUGGCCAGUUGAAUGCU